UCGAUAUAAUUACUCAAUAUAAAUAAAAAAGAUGAACUCUUACCAACAAAAGGCUAUGGAGAAGCUGCUUCAAGGCCGUGGCUGCGCCAACCAGCUGCUCGUCAUGGACCACACCGAGUCAGAUUCGUCCAUGGAAAGGGAGGACUUGGCCAAGUCAGUCCUCCAUUGUUUCUCAGAUGCUCUCUCCAUCUUGAUCGAUACUAAUGAGCACCAAGACGAUCAUUCCAAUAACUCAUCUCCUCAGGAAUCUUCUCCUGUUCUUGAGAGCGGCAGGAAACCACCUCACAAGAGGGGAAGAAAGACAUCAAUGGCAGAGAGCUCAGACUACCAUAGACAUGAAUCCCCGACCCCGAUCUACCACGACGGUUUCCUCUGGAGGAAAUACGGGCAAAAGCAGAUCAAAGAAUCUGAUCACCAAAGGAGUUACUACAAGUGUGCAUACACAAAGGACCAGAACUGUGAAGCAAAGAAGCAGGUCCAAAAGAUCCAGCACAGUCCUCCAUUGUACUCAACCACUUACUUCGGCCAACACACCUGCCAGCUUCAUCAAGCUUAUGCCACUUUCCCCAUUGAGACCUCUGACCCCGAAGACCACGAGGGAUCCCACAUGAUCCGAUUUGGUCAGCCCAACACCAGCUUCUCCCCCUCCGCCAAUAGCCUCCGUCAACAUCAGAAUCAGAAUCAGAAUCACAUGGAAGAUGAAUACAUGAAACCAGAGAAAGCAGAAGAGUGGUCUUCAUCCCAGUGGAUGUCGUCCGAGGUUGCCCACGCCGUGGAGGCUUUCGAGUUUAACCCUUUCUGGACAUCUCAUGACUUGUCAUCAUGACCCUAUAUCGAUCCCCUCUAUCAUCAUACAUAGCGUCCUUUAAUCCUUAAUCCUUGUCUUACUUCUUUUUUGGGUCAUAUAUACAUCUCUAUAUAUAAAUAUAUGUACUUGCGUAACCCUUAUAUAUUU